AUGGGGCGCCCGGCGGCCCUCCGGUGCGCGGCGGCGGCGGCCCUCCUGUGCGCGGCGGCCCGGGGGCCCGCCCGCGGCUUCUCGGCGCCGGCGGCGCGGGGGCCGCCGGGCCGGUCGGCCCAGGGGGCCCCGCCGGGCGGCUGCCGGGAGGAGGCCGAGGGCGCCGGGGUCGGCCUGGCCGCGGGCGCCGUCGGGCUGCGCGCCGCCGCCCUCGCGCUGGCGAUCGGCGUGGCGGCCUCGGCGGCGGCGGCGGCGCGGGCCGCCGACGGCGCCGCGCCUCCGUCGGCGGAGAGGGGGGCGGCCGUGUUCGCCGGGAACUGCGCCGCGUGCCAUGCCGGCGGCAACAACGCGGUGCAGGCCGACAAGCUCGGCGGCGCGCAGGCGUGGGCCUGCGCCAGGGUGGCCUUCGGUGCGGGCCCACGGGGAGCCCUCAGGCACACUCCAGCGCUGGCCUGCGCUCCUGGAUUUUGGCCUCUGCGUGGCCCCCCCUCAGCCGCGCACCUGACGCCACCCCUGCCUGGGGUCACUCCUGCGCGCAGCCGGCAAGAAGCUGAAGAAGGAGGCCCUCAUGAAGUACGGCAUGUACGACGCGAGCAUGAUCAUCUACCAGGUGACGAACGGGAAGAACGCGAUGCCUGCGUUCGGCGAGCGCCUGGGGGGAGCAGAGAUCACGGACGUGGCCGCGUACGUGCUGAGCCAGGCGGACAAAGGCUGGCCCUGAGGCCGUCGAGUCCCUGGAGCCUUGGACAUCUCGUGGACCGUUCCUUCUCCUCCUCUUCGAAAUUGAUUGUGUCUGUGUGUUUCUUUCCCUCCUGA